AUGGGUCUACGUAUUUUAUUGUUUACUUUUUUUAUCUUCCUAAUUAAUAAUAAAUUCACAAAUGCUUUAAAUGAAGAUAGUGUUAUUAGACCUUGCGAGAAUUGUCUUCUGAAUAAUUACGACAGGCUACUUAAAAUAAUUAGAUGUGAAUAUUGUAGUCAGAAUGAUAAGUUACCAUGGUUUAACCAUAUCCAAAGGGAAAAUUGUGCAAACAUUAGAAAUGAAUGCAUAGGAACCCUUAAUAACAGAGAAAAUUUGGAAUUAUUAAGAAAUAUAAUAAGUAAUUUUGGAACAGAAGAAUAUACAGAUAAUUUUAGAAUAAAUGCAGAUAACUUAAAAAAAAUAAUUAAUAUUAUAGAGUUACAAACAAAAGAUAUUGAUGUGUUAAGAAAAAUAAUAGAUAGCAUAAGAGAACAUAAAGCGGUAUUGUUAAUUAAUAAUGAUAAUAAUGCAUCACUUAUGAAUUUGAGUAACAAUUUGAGGAGUUUAAGAAAUAAUGUUGAUCAUCUUCAGAGAAAUCAAGAUUUAAUUCAAAAUGAGUUAUCUUUAGAUGACCAAAAAGAAUUUCAAGAUUUACAGGAAUUAUAUCAAUUAAAAAACGAGCUAGAUGAUAUUUACAAUGGAAUAGAUAAUAUCACAAACAAUAUUCAAAAUUAUGAAUUGGGUGGUUUUAGUAUAGAAGGUCUAGUCAAUGAUAAUUUAUCAGAUCUUAUAGGCAAUGGGGGAAUGAAACUUGUAGAUACAGUAUCAAAUACUAUACUUCAAGAUGGAACUACUAGUGCUGACAAUAGUUUAGUUAAUAUUAUAAGUGAUGGUAAAGAAUUAGCUGAACAAUUAAUUGAAAAAAGUGGUAAACAAAUAGCUAAACCUUCCUUAAGUUUAGAUGAAGACGUCUUUAAUAAAUUAGAUCACUUAAAAACAAAACUUACUUCUCACGAAAUACUUAUUGAUAAAAUAAAAAGUGUUUUCUUAAAUAAAUUAAAGGAAUAUUUAUUAAAAACAUUGCACAAUGCAUAUGCAUCAUAUAGAAGAAGAAAAGCAAGAGAAAACGGGGAAUCUGAUCCAACAAUUAAUGAAUCACUUGAUAUUAAUGAUAUGAAAAAGGGAAUUAUAGAAAUUGGUAUGAAGUUAUUAUUUAGUAAACUUAAAAAUUUCUUGAAAUUUAUUAAAAGUAAAAUAUUUCCUCAAAAAAAUCCAAAGUUAGAAGGACAAAGAAAUAUGAGAAAUUUCAGAAGUAAUACGAAUCAAGACAAUUUAUCAAAUAAUAAUGAUAAUAAUUUAGAAGAUGUUCUAAAUCAUGAUCAAAAUGAAGCACACAAUUCAUUGUCAGAACAGGAUAUUCAUCUAUUAAAACAUAUUGAUAGGAUUAUAGAUGAAAUUAAUUACUAUACAAGAAAAAGCCAAAAUUAUAAUAUAGCAUAUGCAAAAACAGAACAAGAGAAUGUGGAAAGUGAAAAAACAACAGAAACAGAAGCAGAAACAGCCAAUGUAAAUGAUGUAGUAGAAACAAAUAUAGAAGAUGAUGAAACAACAGAACCAAAAGUAGAAGAAAAAACAAACAUAGAAAAUGAUGAAACAACAAAACCAGAAGUAGAAGAUGGAGAAACAAGAGAAGCAGAAGUAGAAGUAGAAGAAAAUGUAAAAAGUGAAGAAAUAAUAGAACCAAAACCAGAAACAAAUGUAAAUAAAGUAGCAGAAUAA